GUGUCUACUUCGCAGACAACCAACCCACAACAUGAUCAAGUCGGUGCUCGUCGUCCUGGCCGUGGUGGCCGCCUGCCUGGCCGCCCCCGGCCCCAAGCCGGCCCCCGGCCUGCUGGCCAGCUACGUGGCCGCCUCCCCCGUCGCCUACACCGCCCACGCAGUCGCCGCCCCCGUCGCCUACACCGCUGCCGCAGCCCCCGUGGCCUACGCCGCCCCCUACUCUGCUGCCUACGUCGCCCCGUAUCAUGCUGCCUACAGCGCAGCCAUCCUGGGAUGAACAGCUCGCCGUAUUGGACUCCUGUCACUGUGGCGUACGCAGCGCCGUACGCCGCCCACACUGCUCUCCCCGUGAGGGCUGCCAAUCUGGGCUAAAUGCGACCCGUCUGCUGUCAAGCUGAAAAUAAACUUAAUUGGGACUCUG